CUCUCGGGCCACCUGCCGCCCAUCACCGACUCGCGCCAGGACAUCUUCAACAAGACGGGCUCGCUGCGCGACGGACGCCAGGAGUUCUCGUUCAUCCGGCCGCGCCGGACCACCGACGCCAAGGACGUGUCCUUCACGGACGACCAGUGCCUCUACAUGCUCUUCCCGAUCAAGGGCGGCAACUUCUUGCGCUCUUCGAAGCGAUUCGCGAAACACAAGCAGACGCCGAUCGUUUCCUCCGAGAAGAUCUGCAUCAAGUCGUGUGCCAGCCUCGAGCCGCUGCUGGACAAGGACGGCAAGCCACUGCCGCCGCCGCCGCCGCCCAACGUUGAGUACGACGUGGAGCUGAAGCUGCGCGGCCUCGGCGACACGUACAUGCUGCCGACGCCCGAGUCCGAGGAGUUCGAGGUGCUGAGCGAGCGGAUCCGGCGUGACGUCAUGUCCCUGCUGGAGACGGUGCCCGGCCUGAAGAGAAUCCGCGUCACGCAGUUCCAGGACGAUGCCGGGAACGUGGUGGCACACAUGAGCGUCCAGGUGGACCGUAAGCGGAUGGCUAAGGAGCUGAAGCGCGUGGAGGGCGGCGAGGAGAAGCCGCGAACCGUGGAGACCGUGCUCACCGAGUCGGUGCCUACCGGCAUGGUGGGCAACCUGCAGGUCAACCCACAGUACCUGGUGGUGCAACCCAGGAAAGAGGCGCGCAGCCUGGAGGCCAACGGCCCGAUCCCGCAGGAGCAGUGGGACAGCGAGCUGAUCAAGAUCUACAUCAUCCUGGCGGCCGUGGCCGCGCUCAUCCUGCUGGCUAUCGUGCAGGCGGCCUGCACGCUGGCCAGGAACCGGCGCGCCUCGCCGCCACAGGCCAAGCCGCACGGCAAGGACCGCCUGAUCACCAGCUCGGCCUGGCGCGACAUGGCCGCGCACAACAACUACGGCUACGAGAGCUUCGAGCCGGACACGGCGACGACUGGCCGGCCGAGCAAGAGCCGCGGCCCGCCGCCGGGCCAGCCGGCCCAGCGCAAGUACUCGGGCGAGGUGGUGCGAGUCUACGUGGACUAUAGCAAGCAGCAGUGA